UGCGGGCCGCGGCCGCGCGGGUGGAACGGGAGCUCGACGCGGGGAUGGCGUGUGCGACGGCCUGUGGCGUCCGGGUCCCCCCUUAGAGCACCGUGAGGGGGGAGCGGCCUAAUGGCGGCCGCUUUCCCCUCCCUGAGCACCAUGGGCUCCCCUUUGCUCGCGGAAGGAACCAGCCUUUACUAGUCAUCCCCAGAGAGUGUGGUCACCCUGACGAGAAGGUGACGAGGGAAAAGCAGCAUCUUCACCAUCCGUGGGGUGACCGUUGUCAGAUAUCCCACCGGCAUUAAGCUAUAAACUAUGGAAGAUCCUAACUAGGCCAACGUGGUGGGAUGCCUCUACAUGACUUCUUGUUUUACCUCUGGUCAUUUAUAUUUUCCUGUGAGUUUUCAUGGUUUAGAGACUCAAGUCAAUUUCAAAGUAGUUUUUUUUGCUGUAGCAUAGCAUCUGCUCAAGGCUGUCUUGGCUAAGCCAGGAAGGGUAUCCAGCCUGCAUGGACAGGGCAACAUUCGCCUGUUCCACUGCCUUUUUUCGUGACUACAACAGUUCAUCUCAGGGUGCAUUCUGCCUCCCCGGAGGACACGUUGACUUUAUUGAAAAAGUAGAAACAUUCACUUACUCGGACUUUUUCCGAGAUUACUUGAUUCCCAACCAUCCCUGUAUUUUCUCAGCUAAAUUCACUGAAGACUGGGGCAGCAGGAGAAAUUGGGUUACUUGGGAUGGAAAGCCUAACUUUGAUCAUCUCCUGCAGAAGUUUGGAGAGGCUGUAGUACCUGUUGCCAACUGUGAUGUCAAGGAAUACAAUUCUAACCCGAAGGAGCAGCUUCCCUUUAAGGAGUAUAUCAAGUACUGGAAAGAGUACAUUAAAAAUGGCUAUCGUUCAUCCCGAGGCUGCCUUUAUCUGAAGGACUGGCACCUGAGCAGAGCUUUUCCCGAGCAAGAUGUUUAUACAACCCCUGUGUAUUUCUCAUCUGACUGGCUGAAUGAAUACUGGGAUGCUGUAGCUGUGGAUGAUUACCGGUUUGUCUACAUGGGACCUAAAGGGUCAUGGACUCCAUUCCAUGCUGAUGUCUUCCGUUCCUAUAGCUGGUCAGCCAAUAUAUGUGGGAGAAAGAAAUGGCUGUUGUACCCCGCCGGACAGGAGGAGUAUCUGAAGGACCACCAUGGCAACUUGCCCUUUGACGUGACUGCUCCUAGUCUUCAGGACAGGAGUGUUUACCCUCGCUACAACCAAAGUCAACCCCCUGUUGAAAUUGUGCAGGAAGCAGGGGAGAUAGUCUUCAUCCCCAGUGGAUGGCAUCACCAAGUUUAUAAUCUGGAGGAUACAAUUUCCAUCAACCACAACUGGGUGAAUGGCUGCAAUGUGGCUAUAAUGUGGUGCUUCCUGCAGGAUGAAUUAGCAGCUGUCCAGCGGGAAAUCAAUGAAUGGAAAGACCCUAUGGAUGACUGGCACCUACAAUGCCAGUUAAUCAUGAAGUCUUGCACGGGUAUAGACUACAAGGAGUUCUACAACUUCCUCAAAGUUAUUGCAGAGAACAGGAUUUCUGUCUUGGAAAAGGGCCUCGAUGAUGAAGCUUCGGCAAAGAACGCUCCAAAAGCUGCCAUUUCCACCUUGGGCAUGCUCCAUGCAGUGUUUGAUUUAAAGAGGACUGUGAAGGUGUUAACAUCAUUGAGUGCUAACGAAGAUUUCAAGAAACUAGACCUGACGUCACUCUCUCCACCUCCGGAGGCAUUGCUCCACCACUUGAAAGCAGCAAUAGAUACAGCGUUACUCUAACUUCCUAUUUAUUCAGUUCUUUGUAAAGUGAACCUUUUGCAAAGUGGGUGUUUGUAGAAGACCGACUCCUCCCUGUUUAAUAGCUCUUGCAGUUUAAGCACAAAGAGCCUUAAUGUAGGGUGAGGAGAGAGUACAUUCAUAACAAGACUGAGUACUUUAGGUACUCAAAUGCUGUCAGCUUAGAGAAACUGGACAGGAAAAAAAUCUCAGAUAAAGGAAAAACCCAGGUCAUAUUAGUAUUAUGUUAUGAGCCCUGCUGGCGAGUAUGCAUUCAGGGAAGGGGAACAGAAAUUCUCUGUGGAUCAAGCUUAGGUCUCUCAGGGUAAAACACAGACUGCAGUGGUCUGCACCAUAUUCCCUGUGCUGAGAGCACUGUAUACAGAAAGCAAACCUGCACUGCAGACACCAGUAGUUAAGCUCUUCUUUUGUCUGGUCACAGCUAAAUUACUUUAAGACCUGUCCUGCUUCCAGGUGCAGCUCAGCUUUUCUGUUUCUUUUUUUUUUUUUUUCAGGUGACCCUAGUUGGCUUCCAUUGAAGCCUGAGCUGGCUCAACAGCUGUAGCCUGGAUGUGGAAGAGCUGAUUGUACUAGUGUCUUGUAAAGUGGUAUCUCUCUAAAGCUGAAAGUCUCAGGUGCAGGGUCAGCCUUUGUACUGCUUCAGGGCCUGCAGGACUAAAUUUAACAUAAUAGUUAGGAAGCUGAAGUCCCGAUUUCAAAUGAGUGCAGAUAGCAAAUCUGCCACUAAGUGUGUGGUCCACCCCAGCUCAAAAGGAGGAACUUGAAUGUACUCUCACGUUUCUACACACUAUUUCAAGGCGCAGUAUUUUAUCAAGCAGAAUUUGAUUAAUCAGGGAAGCUAGCAAGCAGCCUCGUGUUAUCGCCUAAAUAAGCCAUGCUGUUAACACACCAGAUGGCACUACUGCAUGGUUACAUAGCACAAUUUGCAACCUGAAUGCUACCCUUGGGCUAAAAGAGUAUUUCCAGUGAAGUACCCCUCUUGCUUUUACUGGUUGGCAAGAAAACCUAGAAGCACAAAUGGCUGCACACUGUUACCUUAGUUGCCCCUUUAGGGGCUCACUUGAACUAUUGCUCAAGAACUUAGUUUUCAACCAGAUGACCAGUGAGAGCAACUAAUAACCAUAUGUUUAGAAAGUGCAAUAGUAGAAAUCUUCAGUAGGCUGAAAAGUCACAUUGUUUUCUAGCUAAUCUUGUGAAGUUUGUACAUGCAUGCAUUUUGCAUGUCUUGUUUUCUAGUAGAAGUUUUGCAUUUUGAGAAGGAAGUGGUACCUGAAAUUAAAAUCAAUACCCAGAGCAUGGAAGAAUGCAGUAUGGAGAAAACAGACUUUUUUUUUUUUUAAUAGCUGUGACUGCAUCUCAGUGAUUCAGCCUCUGGCAGGGUGUUUCUUUAGACUGGAAAACUGCCAGUUUUAAGCAACUCUGAAAUUAAAAGUUCACAGCUGUUACUUGUGGCUGUUUACAUUCUCAAAGACAGGCAGCUGGAGCUUUCUUCCUUGUAUGAAUAAGGUGCGAUUUCAUAGAGGUGUGGAACAAUGGUUUAAAGCUGACUAUCACUGUUAUUGGUAGGAAAGCAUGUUUUUGCUCUUGUAUUCUGCAGUCUCACUGCAUGCUGUGCAACUGGUAUUGACACCAACCACUUUAAACACUGCAAUUUUAUAAAGGGUUUGCUUAGAUGAACAACAGUACUUUUCAUUUCGUGUCCUGUGAAGCUGGAACUGCGUGGCUUUGCUGUGUGAAACCAGCAAAUGUACAAGUCUGGCUUUUACCCCAAGAACCCAGGAUCUCAAUGUACCCAGGAUCAGUUUUGGCACCCUACUGUCCAGCAAACUAUGUGCUCAUUUGGGUGGAUGGCAUGAGUUUGCUGUGAUGCAAAAGUCCAGGCAGCUGUUCUCAGGGAAGAGGCAUCAUUCCUGCAGUUAGUUCCUCUUCCCUGUGGGUUAUAGUUAAGGAAGGGAGAAGAUAGGCUGGCAUGGUAGGGUGGUUAAAGAGGUGUUCAGGUAAAGGAAGGUGGGUCUCGACUAGUCUUCUCUUCACCUGAGCUGUCUCUGCACCACAGUAUCUUCAGUUCUGAAGAUGUGUAUCAGCCCUCCUUCAUAAGGCCUGCUAAGGCUUAGCAUGAGCAGUGUGAAACAGUGGGGUAAAAAAAUAGUAAUUUAAUUGCAGGAAAUUAUCUUAAAGUUUAAGCCAUGUUCUACUUACUGAUUCAGCAGGGAACAGAAGCACAAAAAUUAUAGUUUUAUUGAUUCAGUCUCUCUUACGUUGGGAAACUAAUUUCUAGUUCAAAGUCUCUGUUCCCAUGAGUGGUCAAGGCAGUAAGAGCAGCACAUGCUUUCUAAAGUUACAGAGAGGAAAGUAAAUUCUCAAAUGUCUGAAGACAGCAACGAUUGGAAUAAGAAUUAUGCAAGUCUGGAAUCUCUCUUAAAAAUGAAACAGCUUUAUUUAAAUAUAAAGUUACUGUAAAACAUACAUUAGGAUACUCUCAUACCAAUAUAUUAACUAUUGUGAUCAGUGUACUAUUUAUUAAAGCAUAAUACUUGAGAUAAAACAGGAGGAAACAGUC